UAUACACACAUAUAUACACAUAUACAUACAUAUAUACACAUAUAUACACAUAUACACACAUAUAUACACACACAGAUUGCUAUAUAAACAGUUGUACAGAAAUCCUUGUGCGUAUAUAAAGAGAUCUGAAGAUCAAGGUGUAUAUAUUGAGAGAGAAGGAAGCCGACGCUAUCAACAUACAUAGCUUUGUCUCUGCAUAUACACACAGAUCUGCAAAGAUAUAUAAAUAUAUACACCCAGUUCACCACAUAAAAGCUAUAUAAACAUACACACACAUAUAUAUAAAGGAGAGACAGGCUGUAAUAUAUAUACAUGUGUAUAUAUAUGUAUAUAUGAAGCUGUAGAAACUAUUUAAAUGUCUUAACAGCUCCAAUAUGUAACUUUAUACAUACAUACACACAUAUAUAUAUAAAUAUACACUCAGAUUGUUGUAUACACAGAUAUAUAUAGACAGAAGGACGGAUGAAAAGGUGACACAGAGAGGAAAAAGUUGGUGUCUUUUAAAUCUAAUUUAUUUCUUGGCCAUCUGACACCAGUCUAUAUAAAUAUAUACACCCACAACAAUGGCUACCAAUCCAAAGCCGUCUGGUCUAAAGACACCUUCCAAAAUUGCGAAACCAUCAGGACUUCCACACCCCAAAUCGGGGAUUCCACCUCCAGCUGCCAAACGUCAAAGUCCAGAUCCCCAGAUGAGUCCGACACCCCCCGUGGACGACUUUAUCAUCGGUGACCGCGUUUGGGUAAGCGGCAACAAGCCAGGUGUGAUCGCAUUCUUAGGCGAGACGAGUUUUGCUCCUGGUGAAUGGGCUGGCGUUAUACUGGACGAGAUGCUUGGUAAAAACGAUGGCUCCGUCAGCGGGGUGCGCUACUUCCAGUGCGAACCAAAAUUCGGCGUUUUCGCUCGGAUCUCCAAACUCUCCCGGACUCCCCAGACUCCGAAACCGGAGGCUGCCGGCAGCAGCAUUGCUACCUCCGCAAACGGAACCCCGAUUGGUGGGUUAGCAGUUGGAAAUCGGAGCAUGACACCGAAGAGUGGUCUCGCUGGGAGCCGAGGCUCCUCAGCCUCGACGUCCAGCCUCAACAAGAUUUCCCCCACGACCUCCUCGAUGACCCUCUCAAAAGACGGACUGUCUCCGAAAUACAUGCUUAAGACUGGUGACCGGGUGUUGGUCAGCGGCACAAAACCAGGGACUCUACGAUACAUUGGUGCCACAGAUUUUGCCAAAGGUGACUGGGCCGGAGUUGAAUUGGAUGAUAAACUUGGUAAAAACGAUGGCGCCGUUGCUGGCAAAAGAUAUUUUGAGUGCAAGCCCCAGUAUGGGCUGUUUGCUCCGGUGCACAAGGUGACCCGCUUGGUGGGUGGCGUGUCCACCCCAAGCCCAAGGACGCUGGGUAGCACCAGCCUUCGUAUGUCCCGGGAACGCAGCGGCAGUCAGGAGUCAGUCAGCUCCAUCAGCUCCACAGCCUCAAGUGUGUCGCGGAGUCGAGUGAGACUAGGGGUGACAGCUUUAAGCAGCCAGCACAAGCAAGGACAGAGACCUGGAACGCUAAACAUAUCAGCCACCACCUCAGCACUACAGAAAGCCUUAAAAGAGAAAGAGGAGCACAUUGAGCAAUUGUUGCGGGAACGAGAACUGGAAAGAUCUGAGGUGGCAAGGGCCGCCGCAAAAGUGGACCAGGCGGAGGGAGAUUUGGCUGUGAUGCGGUCAGAGCACGACAGGUUCAAGGACUCGGCCGAUGAUGCCCUGGUCAAGUGGAAGAACGUUGCCCAACAGCUGGAGCGCAAGAAUCACGAGUUAGAGAAUGAGCUGGAGGAUCUACGGAGGAAAACGGAAGACCUUCAGUUUCAAAUUGAGGAGGAAGUGGUGGGGAAGGACGACCUGGAGAGCAAAACUGAGGAGGAAGAAGCGAAGCUGCAGGAAUUGGAAUCCAAGAAUAAGAAAAUGGUAGAGAAAUCCCAAACUAUGGAGAAAGAAUUGACUGAGGCCAAGGGGAAGUUGGAUGACUACGAGAGCCAGCUGAAGGUGUCUGAGGACACUCAGACCAUGUAUCUUGACCAGAUAGAUGAACUGACCCACAAGUUGACCCAGGCAGAGAACAAAAUCACAUCAUAUGAAGCCACUAAACUGGAAGAGGGUGCAAAGACAUCACCUUUAACCCCUGCAGAACCAGAAACGACAAGCCAAGUAAGUGUAGAAUUAGCUGAGAAGACGGCCAAAGUGUCCCAGCUGGAGGAAGCCCUUUAUUACCAAACCAAGGAGAUGAAACAAGUGCAAGAGAAGUUGGCAGAAGUGCUUGAAGAAUUAAAGGAGAGUGAAGCAAAGAAACAAAAAAUGCAAGAAACAAUCAAUGAGUUGACAAGUAAACUGGAUAAAAGCACAACCGCAAGUGAAUCUAUAAACUCUGAGAUGAAGAUUCUCCGUGGUUCUGUGUCUGAUAUAGCCAGACAGUUGGAGAGCAGCAGGGAGAGAGCCGAGCAGCUGUCCGACGACAAAGAUAAGCUGGAGCAACAAAUCGCCGAGCUGAUGAGAAACUCAGGAGAUAGCUCCCAGCAGUUGUCUCUCUUGAACGAACAGCUUCGAGAUAAAGAUAGAAAGGUCGAGGAACUACUAGCAGACUUGUCCAAUUCUACACAAAGAACUGGAAAACUCAACGAAACAAUUGAACAGUUGAAGGAGCAAAGGGAUAAGGACAGAGAGACUUUGACGAACCAGCAGAAGGGAUUGGAGACCAGGUUCCAAACGGAACUUGAAGAAAAGAAUAGUGAAUUAGAGAAAUUGCAGAGUAAAUUGACGAAGCAGAGUGAGGAGUUUGGCAAGGAGAUGGAGGAGUUAAUAGUGAAGAAGGACGGGGAGUUGGGUGAGACGAGGAGGACGGCGGAGGAGAAGAGUGGCCUGUUGGAGGAGGUGAGGAGCCAACACCAGGAGCAGAAGAACGAACUGGAGGAGGUCAAGAGCGAGAAGGAGACACUUUUGUUUGAAAAGGACAGGCUGGAGAAGCAAGUACGCCGGCUGGAGACGGAGAAGGAGGCUGCAACGGAUGAAGUGACCAGCCUCCAGGCGGAGGUCAGCCGGAUGAGGUCGGAAAGCGAAGCUGUGAAGAGCGAAGGGGUGGGGGUGAACGACCAGUUGCUGUCUGCCCUGAAGGAGGUGGAGAAGGGCCGUGCGGAGAGGGAAGAGAUGCUGAAACUAAACAAUGAACUGAAGAGCGAAAAGAACCGACUGCAGCAAGAACAAGGACAGACACAGGUCAGUGUGACCGAGAUGAAGGCCAAGCUGCAGCAACUGGACAUUACAGUGGAACAGAAGACUAAAGAGAUUGAAAAAUUACAAGGGAAAUUGGCCACUUCAGAGAAAACUUUAUCCCAAUCUUUACACAACGAGGAAACCUCAAACUCCUUAACUGAGAAACUAAACGAAGCCAACAGUGAAAUAGUGAAACUGAAACAAACUGUGGAGGAAAGUGAAAGUAAAAAGCAGAAGAUUCAGGAAGAUCUCACAGCUUCAAAGGAACAACUUCUGAAUCACCAAAAGCUUGCAGACGAAAAAUUCGAAAAGAAACUACAGGACAUCCACAAACAAUACAGUGCUCAGUUAAAAGAAAUCGAAUCAGAAAAGAAAGCCCUUGUUGACCAGGUGGAAUCGAGAUCAGGAGCUCUCCAAGAGAGAGAUUCCAAGCUGACCAGCCAGUCCAACCAGAUGAAACAACUUCAGAAAGAAAACAGCCGGUUAAAAGAAAACUCCAGUUCUUUAACAGAAUCUCUAUCGAAAGAAAACAAGGAACUUCUGGAGAAGGUCAAGGCCCUCGAGGAGCAAUUAGCUCAGAAAAAUGCCCCAGCUGGCCACUUGUUAGCCAAUGGUGAUGCUGAUACCUCUGAGGAUGACAGUGCUGUUUCACAACUGAAGAAAGAAAAUGAAGAAAGUGUAAUGGAGAUUGAAUUGCUGAAGUCUGAGAUUGUCUAUCUUCACAUGCAGAACGAGAACCUCAAGUCUCGUUUGGAUGCCCUUGUGAAUGGUGACGUGAAAGAUGACGAGGCCCACAAUGACAAAAGGAAAGAUCCGCUUGUCACACUUCGACUUUUCUGUGAUAUCUGUGAAGAAUUUGACAAACACGACACCGAGGACUGUCCACAGCAGACCAUGUCAGACAGUCCGCCCUGCACCCAGUACCACGGCACUCCCAAACAGGAGAGAGCCUACUGCGAAAUCUGUGAAGUUUUUGGACACCAGACCUCCGACUGUGAUGUGGACGAAACGUUUUGAGCCGUCAAAAAAAAUUAUUUCCCUUCAUUCCUCCCUGACCCCCCAUCCGCACCCCAUCCUCCAUUCCGUCCCUGUUUCCUCUUUCCCCCCCACACACACACACAACCCCGCCCCCUGCCUUGUUCCACUCCUGCACCUCCCAUCCUCCAUCUCCCCCUCCCCCCCUCUGCAUAUUGCCGAAUGUCUCCCCACCCCACCCACCAAGGGUUUCGAAAUCCCUGUAAAAUAGACGAGAAUGAGAUGACACUUCCCUCCCACACUUUAUAUAAGGGGGAAGAUAUACAUAUAUAUAUCUUCCCCUCUCCCCUGUCCUGCCCCCUUUUUCCUGUUAGAUCCCAGCCCCCUUCUUCCCAGCCCCCUAUUCUGUUGCUUCUUUAGCUUCUCAUCCUCCUCUCCUUACCAACUCCACCCCUUCACCAGUUCAUUCCUAUGUCUUUCCCCCCCACUUCUUUCCUUUAAUCCUCACCACUACCCCCUCCAUCCCUUUUUCCCCUCCCACUUUUUUAUUUUUUUACUCUUCUACUCUUUCCUCUCCCCCUAUCAUAAUGCUUCUCUCUUCAUUCCUGACAUCCCAUGCCACGCCCCCUUCUUUAAAUGGCUUCCUUUCUCCCCUUUGAUUCUCACACCCUCUCUGUCCUGUCUCUCCCUCCUUCCCACCCUCCCCCACACGCAGGGCCCUCUCUUCCUUACACCUCUUUCUUCCCUUAGAGUUCUCGUCCAACACCUCCUCCAUGCCCUUCCCACCCUUGUUGCCAUUUUUAGCUCCUCCUUUUAUCUCCCUCUUCCUACCCUGCCCCACCCCUAGUUGUCAUUCUCCUCAUCAUUCCUUGUCCCCGCCCAAUCCUUCCCCUUCAUUUCUCACCCCCCCCCCGUCUCUCUGCCCCUCCCAAUCCUAUUGCCACAUCGGCUCCUCCUCCAAGUCCCCACCCAUCCAACAGUCUUUAAAAUGUUGCUGCAUCACAGCUUCGUUAACUCCGAUAUAAAAACACAAAACUUAAUUAACUCUGUUGGCUGUAUCAGCUCUGAUCUUGUUAAAUUAUUUUUUUUUCGUUCGUUCAUUCCUCCUCCUCCAACACAGUCGCCACCUCCUCCUCCAAAGAACACACUUAACUCCUCCCACUUCACUUUUCGUCAUGCGGAGGCGUUUUAUAUAUAUUUUGAAUUCUUGCUCCUCCUCCUCCCAGUUUGUGCAUUGUUUACUACAACAGCCACUUCCCCCCCCCCUCUCUCUCUCUUUUCUGCCUCCCUCCCUCCCUCCCUCUCUGCAAUUCACAGACGUAAUGAUAUGAUAAUAAUAUUGCCUCCAGCUCCAAUAUCAAUGCUCCUCCUCUUCCUCCUCCUACUACUACUACUGCAACCAAUGAACCAAUCCCUAGACUCGUUGCUGCGCCCUUUGCCAUGCCCACAGGUGGGUGUGGUUAUACAGGUUGGACACACACCCACCCUCUCUACCUGCCGACCUUUCACACUGUAUGUGUGUAUGUAUAUAUAUAUAUAUAUAUAUAUAUAUAUAGAUGCAUAUUAUAUAUAUAUAUGUGUAUAUAUGUAUAUAUACAUCAGUGCCUGCACAUUGUUGCCAUAUAUUCCUGUGCUAAUAUCGUUGCUGUGCUUUGAGGGCCCUCUGCAGGGGUGAUGGUCAGGACACCUCACCCCCUAUUUACUUUUUGUUGCGAGA